UUGAAGUCCUGUGGAGUGAACAAUGGGAGAAGAUAAUGUAGAAGAGGCUGUGCAACAGUUUUUAACUUCUCAUACAAAUACACUGAGUCCAAACUGUCAAGACGAGGAGUCACCAGCCGAAUCAAUGUUUGGCCGACUUAUUAGGAAAUGUUUUGUUAUUUUGAACCCGAAAGGAAGAAUGAGGGGACUACAAAAAAAUAACGAAGAUAACUCAGUCUACGCAUGUAAUAUCCGGCCUGGCGGUCCACCACCACAGAGUGAAAUGAAGAAAAAUGGGCUAGAACGAGAGGCAAGGCGAAGAUCGUCCAGGUUACGAAAGCAAACUAAAUUUCUUCAAAUAAAUCCCAAACUGAAUUCAUACGAUUAAAGCUACGCUGUUUAAUGCAUAAACAAGCCUGGUAUAGUCACGAGACUCACGUGAUUAUUAAAUUUAAAUGUUUAUAUGUGUCUGUAUCCACUCAACAGUCAACCCAAGGUCGUCAUAACUAUUUCUAACCGACAAAACAAUAUCUACUUUUUCUCGUGAUGCAAAAUGGUCAUGUUGGGAUUCUAAUAUAUCAUCACAUGUGUAUGUAUGCUUGUAGAUAUUUAUGUUAGAAAAAAUAUAUAUUUUUUACUCGGUCUUA